GCUUUGUCCAACUGCUAGCUCUCUCCCCUCUUUAUAAGCAGAUCAACAUUUUGACUUUCAGCCAGGCAGCUACGCAGAAACUCGCAAACCAUCAAGAUGGCAAACGAAGCCAAGCCGUGUCCCUGCGAUAUUGGUGAUCGCAUGGAGUAUGGAGCGCUCGGCCAGGAGGUCCAGAUAGAGCACUUUAAAGCUUAUGUAGUAAAACCAUCCACUGCAUCCGACAAGGCCAUUAUUAUCAUUCAAGACAUAUUCGGUUGGCAGCUUCCCAACACCAGAUACAUGGCUGACAUGCUUGCUGCUAAUGGAUACAUAGCCAUUUGUCCAGACUUCUUUGUUGGAAAGGAACCUUGGAGUCCAACAAAAGACUGGUCCAACUUUCAAGAGUGGCUACAGGACAAGAAGCCGACAGCUAUUAACAAAGAGGUGGAUGCAGUGCUGAAGUUCCUGAAGAAUCAAUGCGGAGCCAAACAUGUCGGAGUAGUAGGCUUUUGCUGGGGAGGGGUUGCCACACAUUACCUGGCCUUACUGUAUCCAGAGAUUAAAGCUGGAGUGUCUGUUUAUGGUAUGCCAUUGUUACAGCAGAACAAGUGGUAUGGU